AUGCCCCUCGUCGUCCCCGGCAUAACCUCGUCAGGCAACGGAGGAGACUCCUGGACCACCAAGCUCAUGGGCAAGACCCUGGGCGACAAGCACGACGAAACCACGUUCGCCAAGAAAGAUCUGCCGGGCAACCAUCGCGUCGUGGACAGUGAUGGCGGGAUGAUGACCAUGGAUCAUAACCCUGAGAGGUGA